UAGACUCAUAUUCAACAAAAGUAACAGAAGGCUAAAAAAAUGGAUGCUGAUGAAAGUUUCCUCACAGUGCGUUCGCUUCUAAUGGAUGUAUCAAAGCAGUUGGAGGACAUGCUGAAUGCCAACAAAAUGGACACUGGAACCAAGGGCAAGGAGGAAAAGCCACCGGAAGUGGAUCCAUCCAGGAAUGUUACAGACACCAACUUUCUAGUGUUCUCUCGAGACUUACGGAAAAAGUCUUCAAGACCUUGGAAAAAGAUUCUAACUAACUCGAACGUUAAUCAGACCUGCUUUAUGCGUCAGAUAGAUGUCACGCCUGAGGAGCGCUUGGAGGCCAGAUGUGAUCGUGAACGUAUUGCAGAUAGUUUUCGUCGAUUGGGAAACGAGGAAUAUCGCCGAACUAAUUAUGAAAAAGCUAUUCAGUAUUAUACGAAAGCGAUUCAAUAUGUGGCUGAUUCUCCAGUUCUAUAUUGCAAUCGAGCUCUGGCGAAAAUCAAGAAAAGAGACUUUAAGUUGGCCCUCUUCGACUUGGAUUAUGUGAUAUUCAAACUAGAUCCGAUUCACCUGAGAGCCUGGCUAUAUAGGGGCGGGGCUAUGCUACGUUUGAAUAAUGAAUCUGAAUCCCAGAUAGCCAUAGCCAACGCUCGUCUUUUUAAUAGAGGCCAGAAAGAGCAGAAAUACAUAGAAUACUUUUUGGAGAAACUGCGAUCGGAGUUCUGA